AUGGAACGUUUUGUAGAAUUUGCCGAAAUGAUACUGGGUGAUUUCAAUCAGCAAGCAAAAGCUCUUUUACAUCUUAAUCAACCGAUUAAGCAGAUUAUAGAGGUGAUGAUUUUGUCAUUUUUCAAAUGUGAACAAUUGGAUCCAGGAAGUGUCACACUUCUCGUUGAUUUUCUCAUGGAAAAUAUUCCUUUACAAUUGGAUCCAUUCACUUUAAGUAACUUUUUGCAAAACCAAAUUAUCUUACCAACUAUAAUCAAACAUAUCAGUGAGUUGAUAUUUAUCGGACGGAAAAACGAUGUGAAACUUUUGCAACAGGUUAGCAAAAACUCCUUACUUACUCCUGCUGCACUAUGCCUUGUGUAUGCGAAUUUACCGGAAGAAUUAAGAGAUCGAUGGAAGCUAUUAUUUUCAAGUGAAAAACAUGGUGAAAGUUUCAUGAAACUGGUGAAAAGUGUCAAUCGUGCAGGUCCAUGUUUAAUUAUCAUAGAAACUACAUCCGACCGUGUCUUUGGUGCAUUCGCUAGUCAGGGCUUUGUUUGUGGUCCGCGACAUACCGGUGAUAAUCGAUGCUUCUUGUUUGAAGAUCGACGAAAGUUACACAUUUAUAGUGCCACAGGUUACAACAAAAAUUUCGGCUAUCUCAAUUGUGGCCAGGUUUCAUUGCCAAAUGGAAUCGGUAUGGGUGGUCAAGACGAGAACUGGUCCUUCUUUCUACAUGAAGAUUUCAGCAAUGGUAGUUCCUCUUCUGGAAUAAGUACAUUUGAAAAAUGUUGGUUGGCCGGUGAAAUGACGUUUAAGAUGAAAAAAGUUGAAAUAUGGUCAAUUGGAGAAAAAUGCGAGGAAAUAAUAGAUACUGAAGUGCAAAAUAAAUUGAACCGGCAACGUGCCUUAACGAAUAAAAAUGAAGCACGUUUAUUAUUUGAAAUAAGUGGUAGAGAGUUUCACGGUGAUUCAUUUAAGGAAUAA